UAAAAACAGAAAUGGGGACUAAGAAUAUUGAGAUCGAAAGACAAACUGCCGAACUAGAAAUCCACCGAGGCGAAAUUCAAAAUAUUUCUAGGUUUCUGGCCGAUCUGAAAGCCGAAAUUGCUGUUAAGAACGACGUAAUUGUACAUCAGGAUGCUACAUUGGAAGCACAGCGAAUGGAAAUUCAACAGGUAUCAAAAAAAGUUUCGAAUUUAGAAUUCGAAAUCGAGACCAAGAAUGGUGAGAUUGCUAAACAAGAUAUGGAACUGAAAAUUCACCAUGACGAAAUUCAACGCCUUUCGAACUGCUUGGCCAAUUUAAAGACCGAAAUUGGUGUUAAUUCGGGCUCAGAAAAUUUGUCGAAGAACUUGGUCGAUGAAAAUGCAAAGGCUGAUAAGGAUGAUAGUUCUUCAUUAGAACUGUAUCUUAACUUAAUGUGCUUUGAUGAACCUAAGAUGGAUCAACUAGAGGAACGGCUUGCGAAGGUGAAAAUAUUUAUUGGAUUGAAAACGAACUUCUGUGAUUUCGGCAGCGAUUGUGACUUGAAGACAUUUAUCGUCGGAAUGAUUGAUCGUAUAAUGUCAAAAGAUCUGCAAAAGAAGUUUUCAUGGAGUGGUAAGCGUACUGGCAAGCAAGGAGUUUUUACCAAAUAUACCCGCAUAAAUGAUCUCGUUCACUUCUGUUGCAAAGCCAAUUUUGGUAAAUACAAGGUAGCAGAAGGAGAACAGAUACUUCAAAAACUAUUUCAGACCGCUUAAUUAUCAUCGAUUUGAGUGUUAUUU